AUGUUUGGCCUCUUUGUUUCUCGCAGACUCUUUUUUCGGUACCGUGACCUGGCUCCGCAGCUCGUUCCCCUCGACUACACCAAUAACCCAGAUGUGCGGCUGCCAUACCAACUGAUUGGCAGCAUGCCUGAGCUGAAGGACAAUCCGUUUCGCCAGAGAAUCGCUGAGGUCUUCUCUGAGGACGGUGAAGGAAACAUGAGCCUGAACGACUUCUUGGAUAUGUUCUCUGUCCUGAGUGAGAUGGCUCCGCGGGACAUCAAGGCCUACUAUGCGUUUAAAAUAUACGAUUUUAACAACGAUGACUUCAUCUGUAAGUCGGACCUGGAGAAGACGCUGAAUAAGCUGACCCGUAACGAGCUGUCGGAGGAUGAGGUGCGGAUGGUCUGUGAGAAGGUUCUGGACGAGGCCGAUCUGGACAACGACGGGCGCCUGUCCCUGGACGACUUCCAGCACAUGAUCCUCCGGGCGCCAGAGUUCCUCAGGUACAACCACAGUCUGUACGAGAACCACACUGUAGAGCUUUGCAUCGGCUGUCUUUGUUUUGCUUUUUAA